AUGUCUGGACCAGACUUAACAAACAACCUUGUGGGAAUCCUCAUGCGUUUCCGUGAGAAUGCAAUAGCGAUCAGUGGUGACAUUCAGCAGAUGUUUUAUGCAUUCCGUGUUCAUGAAAAACACCGUGAUUAUCUCAGGUUCUUCUGGUAUGAAGAUAAUGACUUUCAAAAACCUCUGAUACAAUAUCGUAUGAAAGCACACGUAUUUGGAAAUACACCAUCUCCAGCUGUGGCAACUUACGGACUUCAUAAAGCAUCAGCUGUUGGUGAUUGUGAUGUUCGUAAAUUUGUUUACAAUAAUUUUUACGUUGACGAUGGACUUACCUCCCUUCCCACUGAAGCUGAAGCAGUGACCCUUAUGAAGAAAACACAAGCAGCACUAAAAGAAAACGGAAAUAUUCGUCUUCAUAAAAUCAUCUCAAACAGUGUAAACGUGAUGAAAUCAUUCCCUACAGAUGACUUAGGAAGUGACCUUAAAGAACUGAAUCAUAGUACAGACAUGUGCAACUUACCUGUUCAACACAGUUUAGGAAUGUUGUGGGACUUGAACAGUGAUAUGUUUGUGUUCAAAAUCUCUAAUGCAGAGAAACCUUGUACCCGAAGAGGUUUUUUAUCUACACUGAACAGUGUGUUUGAUCCAGUUGGAUUUAUUUCUCCAGCAACCAUCAGUGGAAAAAUUCUGCAUCGUGAACUUGUACCUCCUGGAUGUGACUGGGAUGAACCACUCUCAGAGGAACACGUGAAGAAAUGGCAAAACUGGCUUGAUUCUUUACACUCUAUUAACGACUAUAGAGUUCCGAGAAUGAUCGUAUCUACUUCCAUAUCUCAGGCACAUUGUUUGGAUGUCCAUGUGUUCUCUGAUGCAUCAGAACAUGCCGUUUCUGCCGUUGCAUAUCUCCGAGUCAUUGACAGAGUGGGAGAAGUUUCUAUUGGAUUCCUUAUGGGAAAAUCAAAGCUGGCACCUCUUAAAGGUCACACCAUACCAAGACUGGAAUUAUGUGCCGUCGUCCUGGCCACAGAGGUAGGAGAAGCAGUAUGUGACUAUUUGAACAUUCCACAAGAUCGGUUUCAUUACUAUAGUGAUAGCAGAAUUGUCUUAGGGUACAUUUGCAAUAACACCCGCAGAUUUUUUGUGUAUGUUUCGAACCGUGUAGAAAAAAUUCACCAAGUUACAUCUCCAUCUCAGUGGUCCUAUGUCUCAACAGAUAAAAACCCUGCAGAUAUAGCGACAAGAUAUUCACAUACAGCAUUGACCACAUCUCUACAAAACUGGAUAACGGGACCCCAAUGGUUGAGAAAUGUUCCAGAGGAAACCAAGACUGUUUAUCCCCUCAUUGAGCCAGAAAGUGACGGAGAAAUUCGUCAAGAAAUUGUUUCAGGCAAAACUCAAAUUUCAACUGAGAUUUUGGACUCGAGUCGUUUUUGUAAAUUUUCUACCUGGAAGAGUCUUGUGAAAGCCAUUUCAACUCUGAGACAUUUCAUUAGAAGUAAAACAAAAGUGAACUGUGAAACCAUUGAAGAACAACCAAAACUACACAAAGAAACAGAAAAAUUCAUCAUUCAACUGGUUCAACAAGAGUCUUACAGUAGAGAAAUUGAGAACCUAAAGAGUGAAAAACCUAUACCAAGAGACAGCAAAGUGUCAAGGCUAGACCCGUUCCUUGAUUCGUCAGGAGUUUUGCGUGUCGGCGGAAGGCUGAAGCGAAGUUCACAAUUAUCGCUAGGAGAAAAGAAUCCAGUCCUUAUACCUAAUCAACACCAUAUUGCGAAACUUCUAGUGCUUCAUUAUCAUGAAAUAAUUCAUCAUCAAGGACGUCUUUUGACUGCUGGAGCUAUCAGAGCUGCAGGAUACUGGAUACCGAGCUGCAAACGACUGAUAUAUUCCAUUUUAUCUGGUUGUGUAAAAUGUCGUAGACUUCGUGGUAACUUUGUUUAUCAAAAGAUGGCAGACUUACCUGAGGAACGACUGCUUUCUUGCCCACCAUUUACUUAUAUUGGCGUCGACUGCUUCGGACCCUGGAAUGUUGUCACCCGACGUACACGUGGUGGUUCUGUGAAUUCCAAACGAUGGGCUGUGUUGUUUACAUGUUUAUCAUGUCGUGGUGUCCAUAUUGAAGUGAUCGAAGAAAUGAGCACAUCUUCCUUUAUCAACGCCUUGCGUCGCUUCACAUCAAUCAGAGGCAAAGUGAAGGAAUUCUAUUCAGACAGAGGGACCAAUUUCAUUGGUGGAUCUAGAGAACUUGGAAUUGAUGCUAUUUUCGUGGAAGACCUCUCAAUGAAAUCCUUCCUAAAACAACAAGGAGCAAUUUGGAAGUUCAACACACCAUUCUCCUCUCAUAUGGGAGGCGCUUUGGAGCGCUUAAUUGGUGUUAUCAGACGGAUCAUUGAUUCCAUUUUACUAGAUGCUAAGUACACCAAGCUUACUCAUGAAGUCCUAUGCACAUUUAUGGCCGAAACGACAGCAAUAGUGAACGCACGUCCAUUGGUACCAGUAUCCACAGACCCAGAAACACCUUGCAUUUUGUCUCAAGCUGUUUUGCUUACGCAAAAAAUCACAGAUUCUACAGAGGAUUUCAAACAUCUAUCUGUUCGUGAAAUUUAUACUUCCCAGUGGAAAUUCGUUCAGUGCCUAGCCGAGACAUUUUGGCGCCGAUGGAAGAGUGAGUACCUGCAGAGUCUUCAAGUGCGCAGAAAAUGGAAACAUACUGUAAAGAACAUUCGUGUUGGAGACAUUAUUCUCUUGAAGGACAAUGAAGCACAGCGCAACCAUUGGCCGACUGGACUGGUAGAACGCGUUUUUCCUAGUGACGAUGGACUGGUGCGCAAACUUGAAGUUCGCAUUAUGAAAGAUGGGCAAUUGCGGACUUACGUUCGCCCAAUCUCAGAAAUUGUGUUUCUGUGCCAUUCAGAGUAA